AGUAUCUGGAAAAAACAAAGCACCAACAUCUUGGCAGGGUAGUCACAUCAGCAAAGUUGAUUCGCUGAUGCGUUUGUAGUCCCGGGCCGGGGGGUGCUCCGAAGUAUAUACAAAUCAACAAAUAUAUCCAAGAAAUGAUCCGGAAGUGGGCGUGUCCAUUCCGCUCAGGAUAUCGUGCUCUUUCGGCCGUUUUGGAGAAACUCGGUUCUUUCCGUUUUCUCGCAGCCCAGCAUCGCCACCUGCAGUACGGAGUCCAAACGAACCGUUCGAGAAAGCCCGAGAACAGCACCCGGAACCGAAUGUAGAAGAUACCUUAUGUUUUGUAAUUGUUUAAAAAAUGAUACAUACAACAGCGUACUUGUUUUUCUCAGUGUUCUUCAUUUCAGUGUUCCGGUCCGGGAAGGGGGCCGAGGUCUCCUUGUGGAACAUUGACAUCAGCUCGGACCACUAUGCCGUUUUCCGUAAAACACUGUUUGCAAACACAACGGUCUACAUAACCUUUUCUGGCGAUAAGUCGUCUUGUGAUGAAAAUACGGCCUUUAACAUCAGCUGGUAUCUCCGGUCCUCUGUGUGCUACAAUGAGGUCUUCAAUACGGCGGACAAUGAUGCAUUAAAUAUGUUUGGCAUGGAGAAAAUGCUGAAGGACAACUGGAAUGGCUUUUACAGCCAUGGUUUUGUUGAGUUCGAGAACUGCUCUUCCCUCUUUACUAGCAAGGUGUAUUACCAGACAUUUCCUCCAUAUCAGCCCCUCAGCAAACCGGAUGAUGAAGGAAACGGGUUGUUUAAUCGGAGUUCACCCCCGAUGUGGCGUGAGAAACCGCCAGCUGGUGCCGUUGCAAAAGCAUGGCAGGACAGCCCAUAUAUGUUCAUUGUUAAUGUGCAGAAUCUGACCAACAAGCUGGAAACGGUACGAAGGAAUUCGGAGCAGUCCACUGUUUCCUCUCGAAACUUUGCCUUUACUAUGACGGUGCAGAUGAAGGGUCCUUAUGGAUAUACCUCCCCUGCAGACUGGCCCCUCAUGAUGUUCUUCAUGGUCAUGUGCUAUGUAUAUGUGCUCUUCGGGGUGCUUUGGCUGUUCUGGUGUGUCUGCUACUGGCGAGACCUGCUGAGGAUCCAGUUCUGGAUCGGCGCCGUGAUUCUGCUGGGAAUGCUGGAGAAGGCCGUGUUUUACUCUGAAUACGAGAGCAAUCGCUCCCGCGGCGAAUAUGUGCGAGGUGCAGUGAUUUUUGCAGAACUCCUGUCGGCCCUGAAGAGGUCGCUGGCACGGAUCCUAGUGCUCAUCGUUAGUUUAGGCUACGGCAUCGUGAAACCCAGGCUUGGGACCACAGUGCACCGGUUGGUAGCAGUGGGGCUGCUCUACCUGCUUUUUUCAUCUGUAGAAGGUGUGCUUAGGGUCACUGGGAGUUUCUAUGGCACCGUAGCACUGAUGGCCGACCUCAGUCUGUCUCUCAUUGACUCCUGCGUUAUGUGGUGGAUCUUCAUCAGUCUCUCCCAGACUACGCGCUUGCUUAAGCUGCGCAGAAAUGUUGUGAAGCUCUCCUUAUACCAGCACUUCACUAACACGCUCAUUUUCUCAGUGCUAGCAUCAAUCAUUUUUAUCAUCUGGACAACCAAAGAAUUCAAACUGGUGGAUUGUCAGACUGGAUGGAAAGACUUGUGGGUAGAUGAUGCCUUCUGGCGACUGCUCUUCUCAACGAUUCUCCUUGUCAUUAUGGUGCUCCUACGACCAUCUGUGAACAGCCAAAGGUUCUCCCAUUCUCCCCUUAUUGAUGAUGAAGAGGAGGAAGAGGAAGAGAAGGAACCUAUGCUGAAUGAAGCAUUUGAAGGAAUGAAAAUGAGGGGAUCUAAGCCGGAGACCAAUGGAGCUCCGAAGUUUCUAAGUAAAGAGGACGAUGAUCUGAAGUGGGUGGAAGAGAAUAUUCCCACAUCUGUAGCUGACGUAGCGCUGCCUGUGAUGCUGGACGAAGAAGAGGAAAUUCUAAAAACCAAGCUGGAAAGGUCAAAGAUGGAGUAGUGGGACACAACAAAGCGACCACUGGAAGGACUGCUAUUGCAUACACAUUUAAGUUGAAUUAAGAUUAUAAAUUAAUAUGCUGUGGUAGGCUGACAUAUAUGGAAGGGAAAAAUCUGGACCAUCAAUUUGACAAAACGAAUAUCACCCUGACAAGCUAGGAUUGGAUUAUGCAAAACAAAUAAACACGCACACACAGAGUUCAGGUACUGUAGUCUAUAGUUCCGUUUAGAAUUUAAGCAAGGAUAAGAGCGGUACACAGUUACAAGCGCAUUAUAGUUUGCUUAGAGACUGUCAAUGAUGCUGGCAAGCCUGCCUUUACCUAUUGACAUGAUCUAUCUUUUAAUGGUCUAAAGUUUCUUGGUAGAAGUGAGGUUACGGUCGUGCCACUGUACAGCCUACCACUGCUAGAGGUGUGUCCAGCUGUUUCUGUACAUAUGCAACUUGUGUUCAAAGGAUUUUGUGAAUGCAUGAAGGAAAAAUGAAACUUUGAGUACGAAGACUGCCAAGACUACACAGGCGUGAAGACGGGAUGUGUAACGGCUUUCUUAGUGUUUAUCCAACCUUCCUUUAUUUCAAAUGAAAGAGCAACUGCUUAUACUAAAAAAUAUUUGAUUUUGCACUUUGCAGUUUCUUGUUCAGUUUGGUUGGACAUUUAGGGAAACUUCCUGAGGUGUUUAAGUUAUUAAAAACUUCUUGUAUAUGAAGAGUCAUGAAUAUUUUUCUUUCUUCCUCAUUCCCUGUUAUGUAAGUGAAUGGAAGGAUUGAAGUUUAUUUUUGUUUAGACAUUGUGGUACUUUUGAGAGAAUGAUGGAAUUGAUUAAACCCAAUAGCCAUGCAAUUUACUUUAAUGUUCAUAUACCACAGGUCUGAGUAGCUUCGAUGCUCACUCUACCUUGCUGCGGGUUUGGAGCACUUUUUCAAUAUCGUCAUUUUUAUUGUACCAUGUGAGUGAAAUCUUUGCCGUUUUUUGCAGCCCAUAAUCCUCAAAAAUCUCUUCACUAUUGUAAACGUGCAAUUUAAUACAGCCUAAUGGCGUGUUGAGUCAUUUUACUUGUGCAUUCAUCGGUCUGAUCUGUGUAUUUGUCUUGCAAGAGUUACUUUUGUUUGUUACAUUGUAGGAAAAUAGGGUAAUUGAGUAAAGUGAGUGUGCUUACUUUUUUUUGUACCGUAUGAUUAUUUUUGCUGUUUGGAAAAAUAAAAUUUCUAUUUAACGCA